AUGGCCACCGCCACCCUAAAACCAACCCACACGGCGUACCUCAGCACCGCCGAUAACAAUUCGGCUUUCAAACCCCAUAACAAUUUAUCCUACGUUUCGUUUGGCCAAAAAUGCCCUUUAAAGCAAUUUCGUAGUCUCCGAUGUACUAAUAGUAGUAGGAGUAAUGCUAAUUUUCCUCGCAAUUUGGUUAAGAAAUUCCUGCUAUCGGCUUCAAAUGGAGAACCUGCGGAAACGCAAACCGAGACCCAAGAAGAAGAUUCGGUUCUAGAAUCCGAACCUGAAUUUGAGGGGAAUCUAGAUGGUGCUGUUGGUGUAGACUCGGAUGGUGAUACUGUUGCGGAAGAACCUGCUUCAGCUGUUGUAGCUUCAUUAAAUUUGUAUAGAGAGGCUUUAGCAAAUAAUGAUGAGGCGAAAGUUGCUGAUAUUGAAUCGUUCCUUGAAUCCGUAGAAAAUGAAAAAACUGAACUAGAGAGGAAAGUGGCCACUUUAUCCGAAGAAUUGUCAUAUGAAAGGGAUCGGAUUCUUAGAAUUAGUGCUGACUUUCACAAUUUCAGAAAGAGAACAGAGAGAGAACGGCUUUCCCUGAUAUCAAAUGCGCAGGGUGAAGUUGUGGAAAAUCUGUUGCUUGUUUUGGAUAAUUUUGAGAGAGCUAAAGCCCAGAUAAAGGUGGAAACCGAGGGAGAGGAGAAGAUUAAUAACAGUUAUCAAAGCAUAUAUAAGCAGUUCGUGGAGAUUCUGGUAUCUAUUGGUGUUGUCCAGGUGGAGACAGUGGGAAAACCAUUUGAUCCAAUGUUGCACGAAGCUAUAAUGCGCGAGGAGUCUACAGAAUUUGAAGACGGUAUUGUACUUGAAGAAUACAGAAAGGGGUUCAAACUUGGUGAUAGACUCUUACGACCAUCAAUGGUGAAGGUGUCAGCUGGUCCCGGACCUGUAAAACCGGAAACAGGGGAGGCAUCAAAUAAACAAGAAGUCAGUGAAAGCAAUGUGGAGGGUAGCACUGAAUCUGGUUUCACUGAAGAAUACCACAGAAGCACGGAAAGAGCUGUUAGGUCAACUCCCGAGGAUUUUGGGGUGAGAGCCAUGGAUAAUGGCAUUCAAGAGAGACUGCUUGGUUCUGGUUCGGAAGGAAAAGAAGUGGGCGAUUUGAAAGGGAAGGUUUACGAAGAAUCCAAGAAGAUAUGGAAGGUAGCAUUGCCUGGAAUUAUAGCGCGAGUGGCUUCAUUCGGAACCAUAAUAGUGACACAAUCAUUUAUUGGACACAUAAAUUCAUUAGAUCUUGCUGGUUAUGCACUCGUUCAAACUCUUAGCGUCCGAUUUAUCAACGGAAUACUGAUAGGCAUGUCAAGUGCAACCGAAACACUUUGUGGACAAGCAUAUGGAGCAAGACAGUACCAUAUGAUGGGCAUUUAUUUGCAAAGAUCAUGGAUUGUCGAUUUCAUAACUUCGACUAUCUUGAUCCCUAUUUUCAUCUUUGGAACGCCCCUCUUUAGACUACUCGGUCAGGAAGAAAGUAUUGCCAGAUCAGCAGGAUACAUCUCGUGGUGGUUUAUUCCGAUGGUCUACAAUUUUGUUUUUUCGUUGACAAUGCAAAUGUAUCUACAAGCGCAGCAAAAGAACAGUUUUGUUGCCUGGAUAUCCAUUCUGCAACUUAUAAUACACGUUCCCUUGUCCUGGCUGUUUGUUAACCAUUUGAACUGGGAAGUUGAUGGGGCGAUGGGUGCACUAUGCAUAUCAUCCUGGUUUGUUGUGUUUGGAGAAUUUGCAUAUAUAUUUGGUGGAUGGUGCCCUCAAACUUGGACGGGAUUCAGCACAGCUGCUUUUAAGGAUAUAUUGCCUGUAAUAAAGCUCUCAAUAUCCUCUGGCAUUAUGGUUUGCUUAGAGUUGUGGUACAAUUCUAUUCUAGUCUUAUUGGCCGGAUACAUGAGUAAUGCAGAGGUUGCUAUAUCUGCCUUCUCUAUUUGCCUUAACAUCAAUGGAUGGGAAUUCAUGGUUUGCCUCGGCUUUCUUGGUGCUGCAUGCGUGCGAAUUGCAAACGAGCUUGGGAGAGGAGAUGCUAAAGCUACAAAAUUUUCUAUUAAAGUCCUAAUAACUACUUCGGUUGUGAUUGGCAUAUUCUUUACUGUUAUUUGCUUGAUCUUCGGAAACAAACUUGGAUACUUUUUCACAAAUGAUGUGGCAGUUGCAAAGACCGUGUCGGAUCUUUCGUUUCUACUUGCGAUCUCUGUGUUGCUCAAUAGCAUAUAUCCAGUACUCUCAGGGGUGUCAGUAGGAGCGGGUUUGCAAGGCACAGUUGCAAUAAUCAACCUUUGUAGCUUCUAUUUGAUCGGAAUACCAGUUGGAGCUUUACUUGGAUAUGUGGCUCAUCUUCAAGUGGAGGGUAUAUGGAUCGGAAUGAACAUUGGAGUUUUCACUCAGACUCUUGCACUUAGCUACAUGGCAUGGAAAACAGAUUGGGACGAACAGGUCAGGUUAGCUUCAGAACGCCUCCAACGAUGGUACCUGAAAUCUUCUGAAGAGCCGAAGCAUGAUAACGAUCAUGCUUAA